CGCGGAUUCUUCACAUGUAAUUCUAUAUUCCUGUGAUAUCUAUGGCGGUAACAUCAACAAACUGAAGCUAAAGGUUUCUUUGCUAGCUCUGCAGCCACCACAUAUUUGACAUUCUGGCGAAAAGGAAAAAACGGCAUUAAAGGUUACGGCGAUAUGGCAAGUCAGAGGCCUCCAUCCAGUAUGGGCCGGCCUAUGAGUCGUACUGGAUCAGUGGUACCGGGAAGUGGAAGACCUAUAACAGCUGUUCGCCCUCCUCCUACUGCCAUCCGCAUACCAACUGGACUGAUUCCAGGUACAGGUGUGCAUCCUGGUUUAAGAGCUCUCGUUACCAGUCCUGGAAUCCUGUCAGCACAGAUUAAAGUGACUGAUAGGCCUGUGACCCAACAGGGGCUCAGUGGGAUGAAGACAGGGUUGAAGGGACCUCAGAGGCAAAUUCUGGACAAGUCUUAUUACUUGGGUCUUCUUAGGAGUAAGAUCAACGAGUUAACCACAGAAAUCAGCAAACUCCACAAGGAGAUCGACACCUUCAACCAGGAAAACUCUGUCUAUCUGUCAUAUGAAAAGAGAGCUGAAAGUUUGGCUGCUGAGAUCAGGGAUCUGCAGGGCCAGCUUGCUGACUAUAACAUGUUGAUGGAUAAGCUCAACACCAAUUCAGACAUGGAGGAAAUGAUCAACGACUACAACAGCCUGAAAGCCCAGAAUAACAGAGAGGCUGAAAGCAUUGACAGCAUCUUUAUUGAAAGACGAGAAAGGGAGGACGCCAUCAGGGUCAUUGAAGAGGAAAUCAAGAAGGAGAGGCGUGUCGCAGAGGAGAUUGUCCAAGCAAUGCCGGCUGCAAAGCAAGAGAAAUAUUUCACCAUGACGACGGACAAUGAGGAGCUGUUACAGGAGCUGGCUCUUCUCCAAGAGGAACUCGAUACAAUGCUGACCCGUAAGGAGGAAUACGAAGCAGAGCUGGCCCACUCGCAGAUAAAGCAAGAAGUAGUUCGGCUCCAUGAAACUUUGUCAACAUUAGAGGCAAAGCGGGACAACAUGGAGGCGGAGCACAAAAGCUUUAGCACACCUCAAGAGGAAAGAGAGAAACUACUGAAACAGGUGAAAGAGGACAAUCAGGAAAUUGCCAGCAUGGACAGACAGCUGGUGGAGAUCAGGGAGCGGUCAAGUCAAAUUGCAGAGGAGAUAAGACAACAGGAGCAGGACUCCGAGGAAGCUCAAGGGGAAUGCCAACAGAAGUACAAAGUUCUGAAGAAGAAAGAGGAGGAAAUUGAUGGAUUCCUGGAGGCCUUUGAGGAUUUAAAGACUCAAGAGCACAACAAGAUGGCUCAGAGUCAGGAGAGCAUUGUCUCUCUCUUGGAGCACUGCAGCAGGAACAUGUUGCGGCUCUGCCGAGUGGAUACAAUUACCGCCAGCGAGCUAAGGAACAUGCAAGACGUUCUGGUCAGCAAGGAGACAGAGGUGUCGCAGUCAGCCAGCACCGCCAGGGGACUGACCACUGAGUCUCACCGCUUGCAACAAGACCUGGAGAAAGUGCAACAGCUGGAGGGUAAGAUCACAGCAGAGCUGAGCACACUGAAGGAAAAUGUCAGCCAGAUGGAGUCAGAGCUGCUCACCUACAGGGAUCUUGAAACUCUAAGACACACCGCAGAAGAGAGGAAAACUAGACUGCAGGAGGAGCGUGUUGCCCUCACACAACGGCGAGACUCUUUCCGACAGCUUUUGGAGGAAAUGAGCCAGCAAUAUGAAGCGCUGAAGACCAAGCUGGAAGAGAAUGAGACCCACGCACAGUUGGCUAACCUGGAGAGGAAGUGGCAACAUUUGGAGCAAAACAACUUUGUCAUGAAAGAAUUCAUCGCCUCAAAAUCUCAGGAAAGCGACUUCGCCUCCGUUUCCAAGAACGUCUACGAACAAGUUGCAGAUUACAACAAGUGCCUCAUAGACUCACUGCAGAACAUCAGGAGCUAAAUAUACUAGAUAUUUUUAGAAAGUGGGCUGACUAUACCACUCUCCAUUAGAUCAUAUUUGUUUAGUGUAAUAGUUGAUGUAACGCUGACACAUUUAUGAGCGAAUGUGUGCAUUGCAAAUGGUAAUUAUUUACUGUGAUAUGUGGUUGUGAACAUUUUUCUCAUUAAAUUACACAUGCACUUUUGUUCAUUUGCUUUAGCUGGAAUAUUGAUAAAACGAGGACUUACAAUUCAUCAGUAGAAGCAGUCAAAACAUUCAAGCAAAAACAAAAAAUCAUUCACGUAAGACUUUUUUUUGUCCAUUUAUUGCUUUAUUUGAAAUGAAAACGAAUUGCAUAAAAUCCAAAUUCUGCUCUAGAAAUAUAUCUGGCCUUCCAGUAUCAAAGAGUACAGUAAACAUUUCAACUGAGCUGAAAACAAGAGCGACCUCUAGCAAAUGAACAGUACUUUUUUUUUUUUUUUUUUUUCUUCACAACACUGAGGUCAACACAACACUCAAGUUUCCCCUCUGCAAAGUAUAUUUACACAGCGCUUCCCUCUUUACAAGUCUAACUUGUGGACAUCAGCAAUGCUUGUGAUUCCGUCGAUCAAGUUGGAAAGGAAGUCAUUUCUUGGAAGCGGUGUGGGACACAAGUGAGUGCAGAAUAUUUAUCCUGACUCUUAUUGAACAUUUACAACAUAAUGUGAAAGAAAUGUACAUGCAUAGUUCUUCAUUGCAACAGCAGGCAGCUUUCAUGAACACAAAGAAGUUGAGACAAAACAUAUGAUAAUGACUUCCAAGCUGAACCGAACCAAACCGUAGAACGUUUAUUCAAAAUCCUUGAUGGACACAAAAAUGGUAUGAAAGUGUUUUUUUGUUACUUUUGUCAUUCUAGUGUAUUGAGUUGUCUUACAAAUGAGGACAAAACGUAUAGUGGUCGGACCUAAAACCGGUAACUGUGUUCCAUCAAUGUUCCUGUUGAAAACAGAUGUUAACUUGAACAAUUUUUCACUUGAUUAACCAAUGAAAUUUUAAAUAUACGUAAUUACAAUCAAGUGUUUAAUCAUGACUGAUAAUUCAACAUUUGUUCAGAAUGAUUUAUAAUUUUAAGCGAUAACAUUGACAUUCGCUGUACAUCGGUUAUUUGUGCCAAAUUAGGAUUUUGUAGGUAAAUAAAUGGAUUCAAUGAGUGAAUCCAUUCUUUUUUUGAUAGUUUGAGCCACUGUGCUUUUCAGAAACUACUUCCUAUGAUCGUUGAACAACAAGGCAAUUAGCAACCUCAUCUUUAUUAUCCGUUGCCACGUCUUAAUUGAAAUGUUGGCGUUCAAAUAGCAUGUGGCAAAAUAACAAUACAACAAAGACAACCAAUGUGAACACAAAGUAGAACUUGGGCUUGAAAUAUGUAUCCCCUCCUGUGUUGUAGUGCAUAUUAAGGAACGAAGCAUUUGAAAAUGCAGUCAAAAUAAAAGUUCAAAGCAGCAACUACCUUCACAUACCCAUCAAACAACUGUCAUUGAGUGGCAAAAUAAGCUCCAGACCUUUUAAAUGAGGUGUACAUUCAAAAAACUUAACAGUGAGAUCAAAACAGUUAUUUACUUAACAAUUCUAAUGUGAUUAAUGUUUUUAUCAGAAAAAAAUCAGUGGGAUAAAUAAAACCCUCCUAUGAACAGUAAUGUUGACAAAGCAUAAAUACCACUUUUUAUUUCAGAAGCAUACGUAUUUUGUCUUGUCGCUCAGUUUUUACUUUUAAAACUGUCUCUAAAAGCGCCCUAAGAACAAUAAUAACAAUAAGUUAAAUAUUUUCCAACCCUCAGUGCAAAAAUAUCCAAACUCAACUGAAAGGGGAGGACAACGUGUGCACGAGACAUUUGAAAUCGUUUCCUGUGAACAAAGUUUAGGCACAAAUACUUUUUCCUCGGCUUUGACGGCUGAGCCCUUAGCAGGUCACACGUUCUCUGAACGGAAGCAUCGGGAGGAAGGGCGGCUUGCCGUUGCCGUGGAAACGAGUCCUUAAUUUUAUGUUAGUCAGCGCCGUCGAGUGCCUCGGCAACAUGUGAAGCUGUGUACUUUAACCGGAAGCCACCUACAGCAAGAAAACAAACAGGUUUUAGUAAAUAGUGAAGAAGUUCAUGAUGUUAUUCAAAUUAUGGAUCCUGCACAUUAGGGCUGCAACGAUUAAUCGAUUAACUCCAGUAUUCAAUGAGAAAAAAAAGAUUCGAAUUAAAUUUUGCUGCUUCGACUAUUCGUUAAAUUAAAGUGGGGUUGUAAUGGUUUAUUUUGAAAGUGUUUGCAUUUAGUUUUGUUGAUUUGGGUGGAUACACUGCCCUCUGGUCUG